AUGUCCUCUGAAGAAAAUGUCACAUUGGCAUCGAAUGUCCUCGGCACGAUCGGCACCGUUUUGUGGUGUAUUCAAUUAAUACCACAGAUCUGGUAUAAUUGGCGGCGGAAGAAUACAGAUGGAUUUCCAGCGACGAUGAUGUUUCUUUGGGCCAGCUGCUCGGUUCCAAUGGGCGCAUAUCUGAUUCUGCAGAUUCAGCCUCAGAUGUUCGGGUUUCUGUCUCUUGUCUGUUUGGGUCAGAUCCUCUAUUAUAAUCACUGCAUGUAUGAAUUUGCUGGGUUCGCAUUGCUAAUCUCUUUGAAUUUCAAUAGUGACUAUACCAAAACCAAGGCUAUCCUGGUAUCUGUGGGCACGGUUGUUUUAUUUGGAGCAUUAGAGGCUCUUCUCAUCCUGACAUUGAGGAUACCAUAUAACAAUGGUGUGAAAUGGCCCGAAAUUGUGGUUGGGAUUAUAGCCGCCAUUAUCCUCAGUGCAGGACUGUUGCCGCCGUAUUUUGAAUUGUGGAAGAGAGACGGGCGUGUAAUUGGAUUCAGUUGGUUUUCUUAUGACUUGCAGAACUUGACGGAUGACUGCUGA